GUGGUGCCCCCAGAGACUCAGGAGAGCGUUUAUUCUGCAAACACUCCUGUCUCAGGACACCCCCAUCUUGCUUGUCGGCGUGGGCAGCGCUGUUGUGAACAUUCACGUGCGUGUUUGUUUGCCCGUCUUCGUUUCUUUCCAGUGAAAUUGCUGGGCCAUUUGGUGACUCUUCCCACAGCGGCUGCACCAUUGCAUGUCGCCUCAGCAGCACACGAGCGCUUCGGUUUCUCCACAUCCUCACCAACACUUGUUCUUUUCCUUUUUAAAAACAUUUUAGCGGUCCUCACGGUGCGAGGCGUGUGUGCAGCAGGUGGGCCAGCAUAUUCCCUGACGAGCCCUGGUGUUGAGACCUUUCCGUGUCCCGUGGGCGUCAGCAUGUCUUGGCGGAAUGUCUCUCAGGUCCUUUGUCUUGUUGCUGCUGCAUUGCAGGUGCUUCUGGUGUGUCUUGGCUGCAAGAACGCUUGUCGGACGUGUGGCCUCUGCCCUCGUCCGAUCACAGGGCUGCCCCUGGCUGUCGGGGGCGAGGAGGCGCCGGCCUGGAGAAGAGGCCGCGGGAGGGCACCAUCCUGGGCUUUGAGGUCGUGGGCCUUGUCCUCGGGGGCUGCUUCCAGCCCAGAGUCCCGAGCCCAUCCCACCCCCGCCCUCGGCGCUGCCACUGCUGUGGUGACUGGGCCCCUCGCGUUGUCACUGACUGUCCCUGGCUUCUGGCUGCUUAGAGCAAGACGGGGGAAGGGGCUUUGCAGCGUCUCUGCAGCGAAAGUUAGAGAAAUGCUCGGGUUUCCAGAAACGCCGUCCCCAAGAUGUGCUGUAGCUGGAGUGUCACUCGACCUGCGAGGGGGUCGUGUAUGCAAACAACCUUUGGCGAAGAGGCCACCAAGCGGCCUUUGGUGAAGUGGUCGUACCCGCCUUCGUCCAGGGGAGAUGCCCUGACAGAAAAUGGGGGCUGCUGUGAGCGGCCGCCAGAGGCUCAGGCUCCAGCCAGGCCUCCCGCACCCCUUUAGCCCGACUCGCGUCCGGGAGGAGUGAGGGCUCCUCUGCCCUGGGCCAUCGGGACAUGUCCGGCCAGUGGCUGCUCCAGGUCAGGCUCAGCAAACAGCAGAACACUGUCCAUUUAAACCUACUUACAGAACUUUGUGUUUCGCUCCAAAUGUGCGGGAAUUUGAAUUCAAUUUAAAUUUAUAAGAAAGAACAUGGUUUUUCCAAUCUUUUGUUGACGUUCAAGAACUUGUCUUUCUCAAGUUCAAGCUAGGAUUCUUUUGGAGAAAGGUGUGGGGAAAAGAAAGAAAAGCAAAAAUAGUACCAAAAUAUGCAAGGUGGGAUCAUAUGUGGAUUGUUUCUGAAAGAUGAACCUAGAGCUUUCCUCUGAGAGUCCAGCAGGGCCUUUUCAGGCCAGGCGUCCCCCUUUUGCUCAUCAAGACCCACGGGGCUCAUGGCCGCAACUUGUUGGCAGUGUUCCCCAAAUUCAUAUUUUCCAGAUUGUCUUCCCUCCUUGAAUUCAGAAUGGCGCUGUGCAAACCAGGAGGGAUGUUCUGCUGUUGGCAUCCAGAACCCUGCACUGCGGCGGCCCAGCCAGCUCUUUGCCAGGUGAAGCCAAAAAUCUUCCCACGUACCCAGGGCCAAACAAGAUGCGAGACUGUUACUGCACCGUGAACCUGGACCAAGAGGAGGUUUUCAGGACCAAAAUCGUGGAGAAGUCACUCUGCCCCUUCUAUGGAGAAGACUUCUACUGCGAGAUUCCGCGGAGUUUCCGUCACCUGUCCUUCUACGUCUUUGACAGAGACGUCUUCCGGAGGGACUCCAUCAUAGGCAAGGUGGCCAUUCAGAAGGAGGACCUGCAGAAGUACCACAACAGGGACACGUGGUUCCAGCUGCAGCACGUGGACGCAGACUCCGAGGUGCAGGGCAAAGUCCACCUGGAGCUGAGGCUGAGUGAGGUCAUCACCGACUCGGGCGUCGUCUGCCACAAGCUGGCCGCGCGCAUCCUGGAGUGCCAGGGCCUCCCCAUCGUGAAUGGGCAGUGUGACCCCUACGCCACAGUGACGCUGGCAGGACCAUGCAGGUCAGAAGCAAAGAAAACAAAGGUGAAAAAGAAGACCAACAACCCCCAGUUCGACGAAGUGUUUUACUUCGAGGUGACCAGGCCCUGCAGCUACAGCCGCAAGUCCCACUUCGACUUUGAGGAGGAGGACGUGGACAAGCUUGAGAUCCGGGUGGACCUCUGGAACGCCAGCAACUUGAAGUUCGGGGACGAGUUUCUGGGAGAGCUGAGGGUCCCGCUGAAGGUGCUGCGGCAGUCCAGCCCCUACGAAGCCUGGUACUUCCUUCAGCCCCGAGACAACGGCAGCAAGAGCCUGAAACCGGGGGACCUGGGGUCUCUGCGGCUGAACGUGGUUUACACGGAGGAUCACGUCUUCAGCUCUGACUACUACAGCCCUCUGCGGGACCUGCUGCUCAAGUCGGCGGACGUGGAGCCCGUGUCGGCGUCCGCAGCCCACAUCCUGGGCGAGGUCUGCAGGGAGAAGCAGGAGGCGGCCGUCCCGCUGGUGAGGCUCCUCCUGCACUACGGCCGCGUGGUGCCCUUCAUCAGCGCCAUCGCCAGCGCCGAGGUCCGGAGGACUCAGGACCCCAACACCAUUUUCCGAGGAAACUCGCUUACGUCCAAGUGCAUCGAUGAGACCAUGAAGCUGGCGGGCAUGCACUACCUGCACGUCACCCUGAAGCCCACCAUAGAGGAGAUCUGCCAGGGCCACAAGUCCUGUGAAAUUGACCCUGUGAGGCUGAAGGAUGGUGAGAGUCUGGAGAGUAACAUGGAGAACCUGCGGCAGUACGUGGACCGCGUCUUCAGCGUCAUCACCGCGUCGGGGGUGAGCUGCCCCACUGUCAUGUGUGACAUCUUCUUCUCCCUGCGAGAGGCGGCUGCCAAGCGCUUCCAAGACGACCUGGACGUGAGGUACACGGCUGUGAGCAGCUUCAUCUUCCUGAGGUUCUUCGCUCCAGCCAUCCUGUCUCCCAACCUCUUCCAGCUCACGCCUCACCACACGGACCCCCAGACGUCCAGGACGCUGACACUUGUCUCCAAGACCAUUCAGACUCUCGGCAGCCUGUCCAAGUCCAAGUCUGCCAGUUUUAAGGAAUCCUACAUGGCUGCAUUUUAUGAAUUCUUCAAUGAGCAGAAAUACGCUGAUGCAGUGAAAAACUUCUUAGAUUUGAUCUCAUCCUCGGGGAGAAGAGACCCCAAGAGUGUACAGCAGCCCAUCCUGCUUAAGGAAGGGUUCAUGAUUAAAAGAGCGCAAGGGCGGAAACGCUUUGGGAUGAAGAAUUUUAAGAAAAGAUGGUUCCGCCUGACAAACCAUGAAUUUACCUACCAGAAAAGCAAAGGAGACCCGCCUCUCUACAGCAUCCCCAUCGAGAACAUCCUGGCUGUGGAGCCACUGGAGGAGGAGUCCUUCAAGAUGAAGAAUAUGUUCCAGGUCAUCCAGCCCGAGCGGGCGCUGUACAUCCAGGCCAACAACUGCGUGGAGGCCAAGGCCUGGAUCGACAUCCUCACUAAGGUGAGCCAGUGCAACCAGAAGCGGCUCACCGUCUACCACCCCUCCGCCUACCUGAACGGCCACUGGCUGUGCUGCAGGGCCUCCUCGGACACGGCCGCCGGCUGCUCCCCCUGCACCGGCGGCCUCCCCGCAAACAUCCAGCUGGACAUCGAUGGGGACCGAGAGACAGAGCGCAUCUACACCCUGUUCAGCUCGUACAUGCGCAAGCUGGAGCAGAUGCAGGAGGCCUGUGGGAGCAGAUCCGUGUAUGAUGGGCCGGAGCAGGAGGAGUACUCCACCUUCCUCAUCGACGACCCCCAGGAGACCUAUAAGACGCUGAAGCAGGUCAUCGCGGGGGUAGGGGCCUUGGAGCAGGAGCACGCCCAGUACAGAAGGGACAAGUUCAAGAAGACCAAGUACGGAAGCCAGGAACACCCCAUUGGAGACAAGAGCUUCCAGAGCUACAUCAGGCAGCAGUCUGAGACCCCCGCCCAUUCCAUGUGACACCCACGGACCCUGUCCCAGAUGGGCCGGAGCUGCACCAGGAAAGCCCGUGUUUGGGGAGGAAGAGCCAGCUAGGUGCUCGCAGCAUGACAGGCAUGGAGCUCGUGAACCUCUGAGGCACCUGGGCUAUUUCCAGAGCGGCCGUGCACCUGAUUCGUGCCAGUGGCAGGGGACCUAAGCUGGCCUUGCCAGAACUGGGUGCCGGCGACGCCGCAUCCUCGCAGAGCAUGCGCUCCUGUGUCGCAUGCACGUUUGCCCUGCUGGUCCAUGACUCCUGCCCUCUCCACCCGUCAGCUGCCACUUGGGGAACUGUGAGCCUUGUUCUUUUCCUCUGGGCACACAGCCUCCUGGUUCAGCUUGAUGUUGUCGUAGUUCCUGGCUGGAGGGUCAGAACUGCACGGAGAUGCCAGUUGAGGACGCUCUCGGUACUUAGGGGUACGGGUCCUUUUGCAGAGAGUUUCUGGGGGCCCUGGGCUUCAUUCCUGAGCUGGGAGCCCCUGGCCUGCUGCUGAGGUGCAUCCACGGCCUGUGGCUGCUGCGUGAGCCGGCGACAGGCUGAGCUGGGCAUCCUCCUGGCCCCCACAUCAGGCAAAGUUGUGUUGUUUGCUGUCAGUGGGGCUUAAAAGUAGAAUCCACACUUGCCACCAUGGUGGCAGUUUGGGGAAGACUAAAAUAGAAAAAUAAAAUAGCGUUAUUUUCAAGCUGUUUUUCUUAAUGUUUUUAAAGGACUGUUUUUAAUUAGCUCUUUGAUAUAAAGUAACUCAGAACAUCCAAACCUGUACCACUCCGGGGAGGUGCUACCACAGGACAGAAUGGGAAUGGGUGUGUCUCACGCAGCCGAGUAAAGGGCCUCCAGGGAGUAGGGGGGAGGGGACUCCUGGGCCUGCCGAUGCCGGGGACACUGGGGCCAGGAGCCAUGUUCACCGUCUGAAGCCGCUGGGGGCUGUCUGCCCAGUUUGCUCCUGGGGCUGGGGACCCUCAUGAGCCAUUGCUGACUCCCUAACAGUCCUUGACUGCAGCCCGACUUCGGAAAGGCCCCGUAGGACCAGGUGCUCUGCGCCUGUCAUUGUUCAGACUCCUAACCCAAGUGGCAGAGAGUAACAUUACCUGUUGUCACAAAAAUGGUGGAAGAAAUGUUGCCAAAAGGAAACUCAGAGCACACGACUAUGAGGCUGCCCUGAACUGCAAUUUUCAACACGGAUUUGUAACUCAGUGUUUCUGUUUGUAAGAUACUAAUGAUUUGCGAUGUAUUUUACUGGUCGAUUAAAAUGGAUGUUUUAUUCUU